AGCCCCAACCGAACCCACUUCUCUCCCAAGCGAUCUCCCGAAUACGGCGCGCACGUUAGCAACCACCGCGGCUUUCCGAGCUUCCCCCCACCGCGCUUUUGCUCUGUCUAUAUUUAGCGCUCAGAUCUGAGAAAAACGCUCUCUCAUGGUCCUUUUAAGCUUAUUCGAUCGCUCAUCGGAGUUGGAUGAUGCAUUCGAAGUUUAAUUCUUCGGCGUACAAGAGGAUGUCGCCGAAGGAGCUAACCCUAGUCAUGGAUCGAGACGAUGAGAGCCCAGUGAAGACGAUGAACUGUGCGGGGCAAGACGAUGGCAAUCCCUCGUGGAGGAGAUCUUUGCCGCACGUGUGCGUGGCGACGAUCACGUCCUUUUUGUUCGGAUACCACGUUGGUGUUGUUAAUGAGCCUUUGGAGAGCAUCUCCUUGGAUCUAGGGUUCGCCGGGAACACAAUGGAGGAAGGCCUUGUGGUGAGUAUGUGUUUGGGUGGUGCUUUCUUUGGGUGUUUAUUUAGUGGUUGGAUUGCGGACGGAAUUGGGCGUCGUAGGGCCUUUCAGUUGAGUGCCUUGCCUAUGAUUUUCGGAGCUUGUCUGAGUGCUUCGGCCACCAGUUUGGAGGGUAUGCUUGCCGGUAGAUUCUUGGUUGGAAUGGGAAUGGGAUUGGGUCCUCCAGUCGCUUCUCUCUAUGUGACAGAGGUUUCUCCUUCUUCAGUGAGGGGUACUUAUGGGAGCUUCAUUCAGAUAGCGACAUGCCUUGGACUUAUAGGGGCUCUCUUGAUUGGGAUCCCGGUUAAGGAAUACACUGCAUGGUGGAGAGUAUGUUUUUGGGUAGCUACAGUUCCUGCUGUUUUACUUGCUAUACUCAUGGAGUUCUGUGCAGAAAGUCCUCUCUGGCUCUAUAAGCGUGGAAGAAUAACUGAUGCAGAAGUUCAAUUUGAACGGCUUUUGGGAGGACCUCAUGUCAAAUCAGCAAUUGCCGAACUGUCACGCUCAGAAAAAGCAGAUGAAGGAGAAAGUGUUAGGUAUUCAGAAUUGUUUUAUGGUCGCCAUUUUAGAGUUGUUUUUAUUGGAACAACGCUCUUUGCUUUACAACAGCUAUCGGGUAUAAAUGCUGUUUUCUAUUUUUCGUCAACUGUGUUCAAAAGCGCGGGGGUGCCGUCAAAUCUUGCCAAUAUUUUUGUAGGAUUAGCAAAUUUAUCAGGCUCUAUUAUUGCUAUGCUUUUAAUGGACAAGCUAGGACGGAAGGUGCUGCUUUUUGGUAGCUUCCUUGGUAUGGCAACAGCAAUGGGACUUCAGUCUCUUGCAGGAGGUGCUCAUUUCCUAGGUUCUGGAGCUCUGUAUCUUUCUGUUGGUGGAAUGCUGUUAUUUGUCUUGGCUUUUUCACUGGGAGCUGGCCCUGUUCCUGGUCUCCUUUUACCUGAGAUCUUUUCCAACAAAAUUCGGGCAAAGGCUAUGGCUCUGUGCAUGUCUGUGCAUUGGGUGGUGAACUUUUUUGUUGGCUUGCUUUUCUUGCAACUACUGGAGCAACUGGGUGCACAAGUGUUAUACUCCAUAUUCGCAGCCUUCUGCUUGAUUGCAGCAGUAUUUGUGAAGAAGAAUGUGUUGGAGACGAAGGGCAAGACACUUCAAGAAAUUGAAGUAGCACUACUAUCAUCUGAGUAGAGGUGAUAACUAUUAUAGAUAUACAAGAGAGUACCAUUAAUCAUAUUUUCUGGAUGCUGACGCUGCAGAUUCAUGAUACAUAAAACAUCCCUUGCUAGAGAAAUCCGAGGCCUCUUAGUAGGUGAGACCGAGUUUAUCUGUAAAUGUGAGGCAGCAUCUUAUGUUGGUUUGUCAGAUCUCCUAUAUAUUAUUUUAGGGUUAGCUGCUAUACUAUUCUAGGUUUUGCGAUUACCUUAUGUAGCACAAACACUGAAAAAUAUCACCAAUUAUUUAAUUUCAUUUAGUUACAUUAUAGCAUGUUAAUUCUUCA